CAUGACGAUGAUGACAUGCAAUCAUUAGAAAUUAAAGAAAAUUUUCCCUGAUGAUAAACAAACCAGAGCAAAAAGAUUGAUACGCACGCACGCAAGACGAUGGAAAUUAUCAAACGGAAACAGAGAGACAGAUCAGAGAUCAAGCCGGCAACUAACUCUUUACAACAGGGAGCAGUUCUAGACGGAUCGUGCACGACAAAAAAGGAAAAGAAGGCCAUGUGUGGUUCCGCUUCAAACCAGCAUACAAUGCAUCAACUGAUACAGCACAAUUCCAACUUGCAAUACAUCUCCGAGUUGAAAAACAUCACUGCCAACACGACGGCCAAAGACCUCACUGAGGCACAAAAGCUCGCCUUCCAGGCCUUGAUGCGGAUAGCACACGACCCUUCAGGUAAGGUCUGGUCAAAACGGGUCGAAAAAUUGGAUCGCCAGAGAGCGGCCAGACUCGAAGCAGAGUCCAAAAUGAAAAUGGAGCGACAGGAAGCGGCCACAAUCAAAGCGGAAUCCAAACGAAAACAAACGGCAAAUAAACAGAAACAAAAAGAAUCUCUCAAGAAGAAGAUCAAAAGAAUGCGCACUGAAAGGAGAUUUCCGCUGCCUCCGGAAAAGCGAAACGAAGAUCCUGCCAGGCGAUAUGGGUUUAUUCCACGAUCGCAAAAGAAAGAGAAUCUUGCCGAUUAUGUCAAAGUUUGGGGAAAGGACGUGAUAAGUAGAUAUAAGGCCGUUGAAUGAAUGUUAGCAAAACUUACCUACAUUAGGUAUCUGUUGAAUAUCAUACACAAUAAAUUUAUCCUAAUGGA